AUGAGGACUCCCACGCGUUCCUCCUCCAAAGCACUGUCAGUUCGUUCUGGCUUAUCGCGUACACCUUCCAAACCACCUCCCGCUUCUCCCACACCUAAGCAACAGCGGAACAACGAUAUACCGAUAGAUCCGGCCUUGUUGCAGGAAGAGGAUGACCUGGAAGAUGCCGAGGGUGAACUGGUGGACGAAGAGUCGGAGGUGGACAUGAUCAAUCAUAAGCAUGGACCUAACGGACACGAACAUGGAUAUCACCUACAAAGGGGACAGCAACAUCAACAUCGACAUCGACCAGAAGAUAUAGCCUCUUCAUCAUCCUUAUAUCAGGAUACGAUCGUCUACCAACCCCACGCGCAAGCACCAGCCUUUACACCUCGUAUAGACAUCUUCACAUCUUCCAACGGAUCCGAUACACCUUCACCUCGAAAACGAGCGAGGGUAGCUAGAUCUUCUACUUCUUUAUCUCAGACAUUCUCAACGCCUCAACCCAAUGGUGAAUUUCAUACUCAUACUGCAUCGGGAUCUCGAUCGCAACCACGUCCUCGAACAAAGGCGAAACCACAUGGGAAAGGUAAAGGCAAACAGCCUGCUGUCUUUAGAGAACCGAUAUGUUCGUUCUGUGGAGGUACAGAUAAGAUCAACAAGCUCAGUAGGGCCGAGAGGAUGGUAUCUUGUACGUUAUGCGGUAGAUCAGGUCAUCCAUCGUGUUUGAAUAUGGAGGAGGGUGGGUUGAUCACGGUGAAAAUACAAUCAUACGAUUGGCAGUGCAUUGAGUGUAAGGUCUGUGAAUCAUGUAAGGUGAAAGGAGAUGAUUCAAGGUUGAUGUUUUGUGAUACGUGUGAUAGAGGUUGGCAUAGUUAUUGUCUAGUACCUGUAUUGGCAAGACCACCCAAAGGCUUAUGGCAUUGUCCCAGAUGCCUAUCUGAAGAACCAUCUUUAUCUUCUACCUCUUCCCGUUCAAACAAGACUCACCUCAAUACGACCAGUUCAUCUUCUCGGAAAGCGGUAUCUGCUUUGUUGGACACACAGAGCAUAUCGACGCCAACUGCCAGACAUAAGAAACCAAUAGCGGUGAAUGGGUUAGAUGAUCUCUCAUCACCUCGUCCAUCAACUCAUACCCAGAGGAUAAAAGUGAAGAUACCCAAAGCGAGUGCUUCGGUUUCCGCAUCGGAGAAAAGAAGGAAGAUCAGAGAGAAGGUCGAUACGGAAGAUGAUGAAGGUACACCUAUGAUAGUUAGAUUGAAAUUACCUAAUAAGAACAAUCAUCAUCGUACGGAAAUAGAAGAUACAUCAAACGAACCUGAAGAAAUUCCAGAAGAGGAGAAAGUUCCUUAUGGUGGUAUAAUAACAGGUAAAGAAGCUGAUACAUCCAAGACAGAGAUAAAUGAAAGGGAUAAAGAGGAAUUUGAGAGAUCUAGGAGAUUGGCUGAAAACAAAUUAGGUGGACCACCACCCAGAUUAUCGUCUUCAUCUACUUUAGAUCUUGGAUUUAAUCUAGGUUCGCCUGGACCUUCUACACCCGGUACACCUGGACCAAGUCAACGUACACCUAUUCAAACUCCUAAUGGAUUAUCAAGACUGAACAGUUCUUCAGCAUCUUUAUCACGCCCGUUGAGAGAUAGGUUGUUACAACAGACUAUCUCGAUGAGUGACCCAUCACCAGCAGCAGGAUUUCCCUUCCCGCCAUCAACCCCACCUCACGGUCAUCUACAUCAUCCACCGAAAGAAGAUACAGGCAAACCGGAAAAGAUCAAUAAAAUUAGAUUCGGUCAGUUCGAUAUCGAUACGUGGUAUUCGGCGCCAUACCCUGAAGAGUACGUUCACGUACCGGAUGGGAGAUUGUGGUUGUGCGAGUUUUGCUUGAAGUAUAUGAAGAGCGGGUUCGUAGCUGGAAGACAUCGGCUUAAAUGUAAAGUGCGACAUCCACCUGGAGAUGAGAUAUAUAGGGAUGGUGCGGUAUCGGUAUUCGAAGUGGACGGAAGGAAGAACAAGAUAUACUGCCAAAACCUCUGUCUCCUCGCCAAGAUGUUCCUAGACCACAAGACCCUCUACUACGACGUUGAACCGUUCUUAUUUUACGUGAUGACGGAAGUUGACGACCUCGGAGCGAGAUUCGUAGGCUAUUUCAGUAAGGAGAAGCGGAGUCUGGAUAAUAACGUUAGUUGUAUCAUGACGCUGCCGGUAAGACAGAGGAAAGGCUGGGGUCAGCUCUUGAUCGAUUUCAGUUAUCUCCUCUCCAAGAAAGAAGGUCGAGUUGGAUCACCCGAAAAGCCUCUGUCUGGAUUAGGAGCAGUCACAUACAAAGGGUAUUGGCGAUUAGCUAUCUUCAGGUAUCUGCUUACUGCCAAACCGGAUGUUAGUAUGGAUGAAAUAUCGCUCGCUACAUCUAUCACCCUCGAAGAUAUCUACUCCGUCCUCACCUCGGAAGACAUGAUCAACGUCUUUGAUUCCCGUCCAUCCUCCCAAACUCCCAUCUCCUCAUCUCGAACACCCAAAUCGCGCAAUAGCGGCCCCAACAGAUCACGGAAGAAACCACCCGCUAAUAACGAACAAGAUGAUAAAGAUAUCAAAGUACCUUUACCUACGGAGUAUUCGAUAUCGGUCGACAAAGAGUACAUUCAAGCGAUAGUGAAGAAACAUGAUGAAAAGGGUCAUCUGAUACUUAAACCUGAAAGAUUGAAAUAUCAUCCUUUCUUAGUUACUAGAAAUCCUACGUUAACAAGUGGAGCAAGGGCGGAAGCUACGUUGAAGAUUAUUGGACAAUCAACAAAUACCAAUGCCAAUCUCAAUGGGGAUAGACACGAACGAAAUGAUGAUGAUGUUAAUGGCACUUCUGAGGAGGAGGCAGAACAUCCACCGACUGAAGAAGAAAUUUUGAAAGGGAAGGAUCAAGCUACGCUGAACUUGGUGGCUGAGUUAUCACAGAGUCCUGCAAGGUCUCUGAGACGUAAACCUCGCGAAUCUCCUUCAGUCUCAGUAUCACCCAUCAAAAGUCUUAGAUCAAGAAAUAACAUACAAGCACGAAUUGAAUCACCACCAAAUACAAGGGAACUGAGAAAACAUUCGACUUUACCUGCACCUGCACCGAGAUCGUUCAGUGCAUCACCCAGCAAAUCUGACUCGAGUGAGUUACCGGUAUUGAAGAAAAGCUCAAGCCUGAAUGGUAUAAAUGGAAAUGAGCCGAUGAGUUCGAGAAAAAGAAGGAUCAUCUUGAGUAGUGAUACGGAGCACGAAGAGGAACAGGAGGAAGAGGAAGAGGAAGUUGAACAGAUCGAAUACGAUAAGGUGGACCCACGACUUAUUGCACCGAAGUCAAAUGGUGACGUAGUCAAGGAGAAGAUGGUGUAUGGCGAGGAAGGGAAGAACGAUGAGAUAGUGAAUGGAGAUGAGGUGAUGGUGGGGCUUGAGGAAGAUGCGGAAGGUGAAGAUGAAGAUGCAGAAGGGGAGGAUGAAGAUGCAGAAGGAGAGGAUGAUGAUGAGUAUAUUGGUUGA